GCUGUUUCACGUCUGCUAAAAGACUGUGAUGAACAAGGGCUGUGCAGCAGAAGGAGUCUGACAAUCGACUCGGAACAACUCACGGCAAAGAUUGUCGGUGGAAUUGCUGUCAGUGAUAAGCUCUCAGCAAAGCUAAUUCGACAAGGAGGAGCAUUGCGAAAUAUUGUCCUAAAAAAAUUCCAUCAACCAAAUGCGCAGUUGUCAACAAGAACAGUGAAUGUUUUAAAAGGAUUAAUUGAAUUUAUACUGAACGAACUGCACACACAUCACCAAACAUAUUUCGUAGCGAUGGAAUUGCUCAAUAAACUGGCUGCUGUAAACGAAAUUUUGGCUAAUUAUCAACAAAAUGCUAAGGCCAGUGAAAUCAGUUCUUUCCCGGAUACUGUGUUGUCGAAGUUGUAUCAGCAGCAUCCUGAAUAUAUUUUAUUUAAACAUUCUCUAAUAAGUAUACAAGAAGCUGCAGAAAGAGUGCUUGGAGUUAUCCAUUCGUCAUUGGUACACUUCUCUGGAUUUCAGCCUGCCGCCAUUUGGAAAAUCUCUGACAUUUCGCAUGUUUUGGACACUAUCGAACAAGAAAAUCUCACGGUAAAAUCUGAGUUGUCACGCUUGCACUCUGUUUUGGCUGAGGAGGUUGAAGAAGCACGGGAAGCUUGGCGAAAUUUGGAAACACUAGCUGAACCAGCUCCGCUCGAGGAAAUUGUUCGGGAUGGGAAAUGGGACGAAAUGCAUUUCAUACCACUCACAUUUCAAGAAGCUUGUAAACAGACCGAGCCAUCUCAGCUUCGUCAUGCAGGAUUCAUGGAUGCAUUGAGCACUUUAAAAAGAAUCUUGGAGCUAUCGCGUUUGGAUAAAGCCGUUGAAAGUGUUUGGAAUUUAUGCGUGCAAUUGUCAAAUGGAUGGAUGCCGCCCGAUUCCCUCAUUUUGGGAGCUGUUUCUCAGGCAGCCUCAGCUUAUGAAGUAUUUUCCUAUAUUGUCGACUUGUAUGACCAGUAUAUUAUUCGUUUGGCCAAUUUUUAUAUUUAUUUUGGAGCUCUGUCUGCCACACUUCUCGAGAAGGGAUAUGUAAACCCAAUACCACAGGUGCAGGAAGAGCAGAACCCGAAAAGCAGCAAUAAAAUGCAGCCUUGCGAUGAUGUUGCUGGUAUGGGUGAUGCCAGUGGAGAUAAAGACGUUGGUGAGGAAAUCGAAGAAACGGGACAGGUUGAAGGGCUGCAAGGCGACAACAAUGCCAAUGAUGAUUCUGAUGAGAAGGGAACGGAAAAGCCUAGUGAAAGUACACCGCUUGAAAUGGACGAUGAUUUUGCGGGCACUCUGGAAGAUGUCGAUCGCGAAGAACAAAGCGAUAAUGAAGGAAGCGAUGAAGGUGAAGAAAAUGAACCGAACGCGGACCAGGAAAUGGGUGCUGUUGAUCAAAGUGAAGAAGAUAAACUGGAUCCAGAAUUAUGGGAUAAUGAUGGGGAUGAAAAAGAACUCGCUGACGAAAAUGAAGGCGCGAACAAGGCCACUGACAAACUGGUUGCUAAUAAGGAGGAAGAAGCUACUGGGGCUAAUAACGAAGAGAACAAAGCAACAGAAGAUAAUGCUAAUGGUGAUGUUGAUAUGGAGAAUGUUGAUGAGCGCGAAAAUUUGAAUGGAGAUGACGAAGGCACUACAGAAAUUGACAAUGAGAAGGGCAGUGGUAAUGAGGAUGAAGAAAAUUUGGGGGAGGAGGAGGGUAUGGAGGCGGUAAUGGACAAUAACUUGCACGAGAACGAUGAUGAAGUUGAAAGUGUUGGUGGCAGUGCGACUGAAGUUGAUGCUAGUCAAGAUGCAGAGGAUCAACAGGAUCACGAGGAUAACGUAGAAGAUAUCGAUAAAAAUGACGAAACUGUGGAAGACUUAACCGGCGAUGAUCAACCUGUGAAAGGGGAUACGGGAGGAAUGGAUAGUAGAGCGCCGGAAGAUGUUGAUGGUGGUGAUGACGUUGAAAUCGGCAGUGGUGCUCAAGCUGAAAUGGAAAAUGAAAGCAAAGACAUCGAUAAAAAUGACGAAACUGUAGAAGAAUUAACUGGCGAUGAUCAACCUGUGAAAGGCGAUGCAGGAGGAAUGGAUACUGGAGCGCCGGAAAAUGUUGAUGAUGGUGAUGACGUUGAAAUCGGCAGUGGUACUCAAGCUGAAAUGGAAAAUGAGAGCAACAAGAGCGGGAAUUUGGAGAACGAAAUAGACAACAAAGAGAAGAAAGCUUUGAAAGGCAAAGGUAAAGGUAAUGAGAAAUCAAAUGAAUCCAACGAAUGCGACAAUAAGUUGGAAAGAGAAAAGAAAUUGGCCGGUGACGAUGUUGCCGCUGACAUUGCUGUACAGCAAGCGCCUCCUGGUGAAAGCGGUCAGGAAGACGAAGACAGUCCAGAAUUUGGACACGCCGACCAACACAGUAGCAGCAUACAGGAACGAAUCGUUAUUGAUAAGAGUUCGGUCGAAGAAGCGAAAAAAUCAAAAGAAAAAGCAAAGCAACUGGAAAACUUAUGUAUCGAUGAGAAGCAGAUUGAUGAAAAAAUGGUGGACGAAGUUACAAUGGAAGAGGAAGAUGAUGAGUGGGAAUCACUAUCUGUUGAUCUUCGGGAAUCCAAUAUUCACAGUUCAGUGAUUCAUACAGCUGCGGAUUUUUACAGCUUGGCAAGUUUAUUCAGUUAA